UCUAAUCUGUGAUAAUUACAGAUUACACUCAUAUUAGUUUCCGAAUUAUUUUCAAUUCCUUGUUUAAUUUAAUUGAAUAUUCAAAAAGUGGAUUUUAUAAAUAGUGGAAUUGGAAUAAUACACUCACUUUUUUCUUUAUGCAUUAAAAUUAGCGGGUAACAAAUUUAAUAAAAAUGGCUGAUAUUUUGGAUAUCUUGGACAUUGAACAGCCAGGGGGUUCUGAAAUAAACAGAGAUACUAUUAUUCAUGGUGACAAAGUAAAAAAGAAAUAUGUAACUGCUAAAGCUGUGAAGAGGCCAGAAGGCAUGCACAGAGAAGUUUUUGCCCUACUUUAUAAUGACUCCAACAAAGAUCUACCACCUCUGUUGCCCACUGAUACAGGAAAGGCCUAUAAGCAAACAAAGGCAAAACUGGGUAUGCGUAAAGUGAGAAAGUGGACUUGGGCACCAUUUACAAAUCCAGCACGUAAGGACAAUGCUAUAUUUUAUCAUUGGAAACGUGCUUCAGAUGAAACAAAGGAAUAUCCAUUUGCACAAUUUAAUAAGCAAGUUUCAAUACCUUCAUAUUCUGAGUCUGAGUAUAACCAAUUCCUAAAAUCUGAAGAUUGGAGUCAAGCAGAAACUGAUCACUUAAUGGAUCUAUGUCAAAGGUUUGAUCUGAGGUUUAUUGUAAUUCAUGACAGAUGGGACCGUGCUGCAUUUAGGGAUAGAAGUAUAGAAGACUUAAAAGAGAGAUAUUAUGGCAUUUGUGCAACUUUAAGUAAAGUGAAAACUAACCCAUGGUCUAAUUCAACAACUAUGGUAAAUGGUGAGAAACGAAUAUAUCACUAUGACGCUGAACACGAAAGAAAGCGGAAAGAACAAUUACGUCGACUGUUUGAUCGAACACAGGAACAGAUUGAUGAGGAACAAAUGUUGUUAGCUGAACUGAAAAAAAUUGAGGCAAGGAAACGAGAAAGAGAAAAGAAGACACAAGAUUUACAAAAAUUGAUUUCCCGUGCUGAUAGUGGAAACACAGCUACUAAUAAUCAUGUUACUAAUAAUACAGACACAUCCAGUAAUCCAGCAAAUGUAUCAUUAAACAUUGCAAGACGUCAUGACAGAAAAUUACACAAGAAAAAACUUUCCUCACAACAAAGACCCAUCCGAACAGUGGAAACUGUGACAGUGGAAUGGUCUGGAAUUAAGUUUCCGGAAGCACGCGGCGCUGGAGUGUGGCUCCGUUCACAGCGAAUGAAAUUACCUCCUGGUGUUGGUCAACGAAAGACCAAAACAAUCGAACAAGAACUGAGACUUAUGAAUAUAGAUGUUGCACCCACUCCUACGGAAGCAAUAUGCAAACACUUCAAUGAGUUAAGAUCAGAUCUUGCACUGGUAUUAGACUUAAGAAGUGCUUUAGUGCCUUGCGAAUAUGAAUUGCAGGCAUUAAGACAUCAGUACGAAGUUCUUAAUCCAGGAAAAACUCUUACAAUACCUGCAGCAAUUUGCAAUGGCCCAGAAAAUGAGACAAAACCUAUGUUGGAAAUCAUUGAUGUAGUUGGAUCGCCAAGUGCUCUGAAUAAUACUAUCUAGCAUUGUGUACUACAUCCACAUUUCUCAUUUUAAAUCUUUAAAUAUAACUACUAAGUAAAUGUUUUAAACUAUUUUUCUGUUGUUUACAAUUGUACACAAUAUGUUGAUAUAUGUUAAAUGAUAAGACAUAACUAUGGUAAAUAUAUAACAAUUGUCUAGCAUUCACCCAACCACACCUAAACAUUGUUCCAAUGUACUCUGUUUAUGAAUGAAAACCGCAAGAUCCAUUCAGUAGUUUUAGAGAUUAUCAUGAACAUACAUUUAAUAUAGUGGAUGUGGUCAUAGUUUUAUAAUAUACAUUUAUUAAGUGAUUUAAGGACAUAAUGAACACACAA